AUGCCCGCGCUGCGCCGGGACCGCCUGCUGACCCUGCUGCUGCUGGGCGCGCUGCUCUCCGCCGACCUCUACUUCCACCUCUGGCCCCAGGUGCGGCGCCAGCUGCGGCCCCGGGAGCACCCGCGGGGCUGCCCGUGCGCCCGCCGCGCCGCCUCCCCGGGCCCGGCCCCCGCCGCCGCCUCCCCGGCCCCCCGCGCGGCCGCGCGCAACUUUUCCCGAGCCGGGCCCGGGCCCGAGCGGCGCGGCGGCCGCGGCUCCAAACUGCAGGCCCUCUACGCCCACCCGCUGUACCGCGUCCCGGAGGAGCCGCCGCUCCUCGGGCCGGAGGACUCGCUCCUGGCCAGCCAGGAGGCGCUGCGGUACUACCGGAGGAAGGUGGCCCGCUGGAACAGGCGGCACAAGAUGUACCAAGAACAGCUCAACCUUACCUCCCUGGACGCGCCACUACAGCUCCAACUUGACGCCAGCUGGAUCCGGUUCCACCUGGGGAUCAGCCGCCACGGGCUGUACCCCCGGUCCAGCCCUGUCGUCCGCCAACUCCUCCAGGACAUGAGGCGCUCUCCCACCAUCAGCGCUGAUUACAGUCAGGACGAGAAAGCCCUGCUUGGGGCUUGUGACUGCACCCAGAUUGUGAAACCCAGUGGGGUCCACCUCAAGCUGGUUCUGAGGUUCUCAGACUUCGGGAAGGCCAUGUUCAAACCCAUGAGACAGCAGCGACAUGAAGAGACACCCGCCGACUUCUUCUAUUUCAUCGACUUCCAGAGACACAACGCUGAGAUUGCAGCUUUCCACCUGGACAGGAUUCUGGACUUCCGACGAGUGCCACCCACAGUGGGGAGGCUAGUCAAUGUCACCAAGGAAAUCCUAGAGGUCACCAAGAAUGAAAUCCUGCAGAGUGUUUUCUUCGUCUCUCCAGCCAGCAACGUGUGCUUCUUUGCCAAGUGCCCAUACAUGUGCAAGACUGAAUACGCCGUCUGCGGUAACCCGCACCUGCUGGAGGGCUCCCUCUCCGCCUUCCUGCCGUCCCUCAACCUGGCCCCCAGGCUGUCUGUGCCCAACCCCUGGAUCCGCUCCUACUCGCUGGCAGGAAAAGAGGAGUGGGAGGUCAAUCCGUUGUACUGCGACACGGUGAAACAGAUCUACCCGUACAACAGCAGCCGCCGUCUCCUCAACAUCAUCGACAUGGCCAUCUUCGACUUCUUGAUAGGGAACAUGGACCGCCACCAUUACGAGAUGUUCACCAAAUUCGGGGAUGACGGGUUCCUUAUUCACCUUGACAACGCCAGAGGGUUUGGACGACACUCCCAGGACGAACUCUCCAUCCUGUCACCGCUGUCCCAGUGUUGCAGGAUAAAAAGGAAAACGCUUUCGCACCUGCAGCUGCUGGCCCAAGGCGACUACAGACUCAGUGACGUGAUGCGGGAGUCUUUGCUAGAAGACGAGCUCAGCCCCGUCCUCACGGAGCCCCACCUGCUGGCCCUGGACCGGAGACUCCAAAUCAUCCUACAGACAGUGAAGGGGUGUGUGGAGGCCCACGGAGAGCAGAGCGUCAUAGCCAGUGACCCCGCAGGAGAGUCGGCCCCAGACUCUGGCCGGGCUAACCCGACAAGCUAGGGGCCGGGUGAAGCCGCAUGUCAGGGACGACGCCUGCGGCCGGCGGUGGACUCGGGUGCGGACCCCGGCUUCCCCGCACCCCCGUCGAGGGGGGAGGCGCUGGGUCAGGAAGUCCUGGGGCACCAGGAUGAUUCUACAGGAGCAAGACCCAAAGGAGAGGGAUCCGCCGAACUUCCUCGGUGCACUGCUUCUCUAGGGCACCUCCUUGGCUCCCUCUUUCCCAGAAGGCACUGCUUCGUCAAGGCCACAGACCAGCUCCUGAACCCACCAGGGGAAUCUGGACAGGAGUCAGGCUUGGAAGGCCGGGAAGCCUUGUCCCCGGGAAAAGGGUAGAACAAAUAAAAUAAAAGGACACCAGUGGCACCUA